UGUCACUGCAGUGUCUACUGAAAGCAGAGGAGAGCAGGGAUUUUGAAGAGGACAGAAAGAAUUCAUGCAUAGGCAUCGAAAUUCAGGCCAUGGAGCUGACGCUGAAGGCUUUCACUCUGAAGGUGGUGAAUAUUCCAUGGAGGAAUAAUAACCUGAGCACCCUGCAUACAGACCCUCCUCUGUCUGAUCAAGGACAGACCAUCAUUGGAGUCUACCUGUUAGUGCUGGGAUGGCUGUCUUGGUUUGGAAACAGUUUAGUGAUGUUUGUCCUGUACAGGCAGCGGGCCACACUUCAAUCAACCGAUUUGCUCACCUUAAACCUCGCAAUCUCUGAUGCCAGCAUUUCAAUAUUCGGCUACUCCCGGGGAAUCCUAGAAAUAUUCAAUAUCUUCAAGGAUGAUGGAUAUUUGAUCACCUGGAUCUGGACCUGCCAGGUGGACGGCUUCUUCACGCUGCUCUUCGGCCUCGCGAGCAUCAACACCUUGACGGUGAUCAGCAUCACCAGAUACAUAAAGGGAUGCCAUCCAAACAAAGCUCAUUGUAUCAGCAUCAACACGAUUGCUGUGUCACUAAUCUGCAUUUGGACUGGAGGGAUUUUUUGGUCUGUUGCUCCACUCCUGGGCUGGGGCAGCUACACAGAUCGAGGUUAUGGAACUUGUGAAGUGGACUGGUCCAAAGCCAAUUACUCCACUAUUUACAAGUCCUACAUCAUAUCCAUCCUGAUCUUCUGCUUUUUCAUCCCGGUGAUGAUCAUGCUCUUCUCCUACAUCUCCAUUAUCAACACAGUGAAAACCACGAAUGCUAUGUCAGCUGACGGUUACCUCACCGCCCGCCAAAGGAAAAUGGAGCGGGACGUCACAAGGAUUUCCAUUGUAAUCUGCACUGCUUUCAUCCUGGCCUGGUCACCAUAUGCAGUGGUGUCUAUGUGGUCAGCCUGGGGCUUCCACGUGCCAAGCACAACCAGUAUCAUCACCCGCCUCUUUGCCAAGUCUGCCAGUUUUUACAACCCGCUCAUCUACUUCGGCAUGAGCUCCAAAUUUCGCAAGGAUAUUUUGGUACUUCUGCCGUGCGCGCAAGAGCACAGCGAGGUGGUGCACUUGCAAAACAUCACGCCAAAAGCCGAGGCCCCGCCCCCGCCUGAAUCACUUCCAGGCCAGAAGCUGGAAGUGAAAAGUGCAGCUGCAGAGCUGAACCAAUCUGAGCACGACAGUGAUUCGGGGGUCAACAGCCCUCCUCAGACUCCUCCGUCUGACCCACAGGUCUUCCACAUCGACGUGCCCUCUUACACUGAAACAUCAGAGUACUGGUGUGACAGGCUCUGAAGACUGUUUCCAUUUCACCUCAACCAAUACUUGAAUUCUAUGGGGAGACUGGGAGUAUUUAUUUAUUUAUUUUUUUGUAUGUUAUGGUCUUAUCCAUCUUAAUAAAUUGUAUGUGCAACCAGUGUUAAUAAAUUAUUUUAAGUUUCA